CUCUGCCCGAAAUGCGCAUCUGCCUCCUGAUAGUGCCACACCAAUGCGCUCUCCUUGUGCUCGAUGAACGACCCGUCCGUCGUCUCGGUGUAGAGCUCCAUCACCGGCUCCGCUAUCUUCUUCCAGUCGCUGUCCGUCACCACGUGGCACGCCUCCCACGACGAUUCCCUCUUCCAACUGCGUUCGAAUUAUGCGUCAGAAAUGACGCAGGAAAAAUGUUGGUUCUGACACCAACAUUGCCAGCAGAGCUACUAAUACGCGUAUUAGUAGCUCUGCUGACACUUAAAAAAAAAUGAAGUGACACUUUUGUGACAACUUUACCUAGUGAAGUAACCAUGCUCCGCAGAAAUCCCCAAUUUGGGGCACCGGGAGAACCACUUGCUCAACGGCUCCUUCCCCCGCCCGCUGACGACGAACACGACGUUCCGGGGGUCGUCGCAGAGCCGGUUCAGGACGGCGAUGACCUCGUCGCUGGGGGACUUGUCGACGGACGCCUGUGGGGUCAUGGUGCCGUCGUAGUCCAGCAGGACGAGCCUGCUGGACGACGACGAGGUCUUCCUGUAGGCUGUCAGGAUCGGCUCGAUCUCGAGCUUCCUGAAGCUCGGGCCCAGGGCGACGAUCCGGAACCCGAGACCGAACCCGACCCCCCAGUACCGCUUGUUGUAGUGGUCCCGGCAGGCCCGCUCGAGGUCCUGGUCGAAGCUCCUCGCCCAGUAGGCCACGUCGUGGGAGCUGAUGUACUUGUAGUGCUUCUCGUGGCGCAUCGUCUUCUCGUCGUCCUUCAUCGUGAUCGCCUCCGACAUCGCGAUCGCGACCGCCUCGAUGUUCCACGGGUUCACCCUGAUCGCCCCGCUGAGCGACGGGGAGCACCCGAUGAACUCCGAAACGAUCAAGACGCUCUUCUUCUUCUUCUCAAUCUUGUCACCGUCAAGAACAGGGCUCCCCUGCCUACAAACAGUGUACUUGUAAGAAACCAAAUUCAUACCGUCCCUGAUGCAAUUCACUACGCAGCAUUCUGCAACUGCGUAGUAAGCAGCCUUCUCCAUAGUUGUCAGAGCUCCACCAUUGAUGAACACAAUCGGACUGUAACCCUCUGCUGCUUUGCCAAACCUCCGAUUCACCGAAUUCGCCACCGAAUUGAUCUCGUCCUCCACUUCUCUGACGUCUUUCCCUUUGCUCCUUGCUGGGUUGCAAAUCUGGACAAGAACAACUCUGCCUCUCAAAUCCGGAUUCUGCUCCAGCAAUCUCCCCAUUGCGAGAAACUUGAGGCUGAUCCCUUUGAAGAUGUCCAAAUCGUCGACCCCAACAAUCAAGGUCUUCCCCUUGUACUUGUCUCUCAGCUGCUUCACCUUCUCCACGAUCUCGCCGCCGUUGAGAUGCGAUUCGAGCUGGCCCAUGUGAAUCCCCACUGGCAGGAUUUUGAUGCUCACAGUUCGCCCAAAAUACUCCAAUCCGAUAUACCCUCUCUUCGAUUCGUAAUCCAGCCCCAACAUUCUGCUGCAGCAGGACAGGAAAUGGCGGGCGUAAUCGAAAGUGUGGAACCCUACCAAAUCGCAAUUGAGCAGAGCCCGAAGAAUCUCCUCCCUCACGGGAAUCGUCCUGUAGAUUUCCGAUGAGGGAAAUGGGCUGUGGAGAAAGAACCCCAAUUUCACUCUGUGGUACUUUUUUCUGAGAAAAGUGGGGAGGAGCAAGAGAUGGUAAUCGUGGAUCCAAACCGAAUCCUCCUCCGGAUUCAGCACUUCCACCACUCUCUGCGCGAAGAUUUUGUUCGCCGAGACGUAUGCCUGCCAAUUCCUCCGGUCGAAUCGGGCGGCGCCGCCGUGCGCCGGCGAGAUGGGCAGCAUAUAGUGAAACAGAGGCCAGAGGUAGUGCUUACAGAAGCCGUGGUAGAAAUUGUUGAGCACAUCGGGCGGCAGGAAAACUGGGACGCACCGGAAAUUUUCCGCCAGCGUCUGUGAAAUCUCCUCUUGAUGUUUCGGGUCGAUUUCGGGCUUCAGGCAGCCGACGUACCAGACCUCUGUUUCCGGCGAGAAACCGUCGCGGAGCUGGAGGUAGAGGGAGUCCUCGUCGAGCUCGAACCGCCACGGCGCCGUGGAGAGCUUGUUCGGGUCGGGUAUGGCCCGGAUGGGGAGGUGGUUCGCCACCACGACCCGGCGCUCCGGCGACGGCGGCGCGGCGGCCGGAGAAGGCGGGCAUCUGGGUUGUUGUUGUUGCUGCUGAUGGGGUGAAGAAGGGAGCUUGAUGGCCGCGGGAGUCGGCCGGCGAUUGAUGACGCGGAAAUCAUCGACGGAGAUUAAACUCAGACACUCUAUGCAAGACUGAGACAACAUUUUUUUUGGUUCAGCUGAAAAAUCGCAUCAGAGAAGAAGAACAGCGGAAAAGGGGGAAGGAAGAAGGAAAGAAGAAUGGGAGAAAU